CGUUAAAACCAAUAUGGAAGAGGAGAAAAAAAACAUGUAUAUGUGUCGUCAUUUUAUAACUUCACACCUAAUAAAAAACGAGUAAACGUACUUGAUAGAUAUCUAGGAAAGCAAAGUCAUUCAUUAAUCUUUUACAGUUUCUUAUCAGAUUCCGGUAUAUCUAUUGAAUCGUUGUCUGUUUUCAUUUGUCGAUAUUGUAACGUGCACAGCAUUGUGUGAUGUUUCAUUGAAUUUCGCAGACGUUCUAUUCAUCCGUGAAUCUCGUUAGGGAUCCUUAGAGAGUACAAUAAAUUUUUUUGGUUGUACAAUAUACUUUCUGAGACAAUUAAGCGUCUUAUAAUAUACUUAUGCACUGUCAAUAACUCCUGGAACUGAUUAAUCUCGGUCGGUAAGAAGGAAUUCCUAGUAUUUUUAGAGAGUACUGUGCCUUCAAGUUCGAAUACCUUUUGUUUCGAACAAAAUGAAGCAACUCAAAUUCGGACAUCACCAGUUUAAAUAGAUUUUGAUUAAAAGUGUGAUGUGCCCUUCUUAAUUUUCUGCAAUAAUCAUAAAGAACUAAUGGACAUAUGGACAUCGAAUUCUAAUGUGGCGUGGUUUAAGGCAAGGUUUAUAUCGCCCAGCCUCUGGGACGAGUAAAUUGGUUUAUCUUUAUCAACAAUGACGUUUUCUUUCCCAAUCUUGCUUUCACUCAAUUGUAAUAAGAGAACAUCGAUGACGACGACAGAUCAAUCGGUGAUAUUUACUUUUAGGAUAUGAUGAAACAGAAAAAAAAAAAAAACAAAAAAAAAUAUUCGUAAAUUUGCUUUAUUACCCUUUUCCAUAUUUGUUUAUGCUAUUUGGAUUCCCCUAAGAAGUUUGGAAUAUGAUCAAACAAUAUAUUAUUUGACUUCUUAUAGGGUAUUUGGUUUCAAUAUCUCUCUUCUGUUAGCGUAUUAAAAACAAUCAAAAUGUUAUCAUUUAAAACAAAUUCUAUUCACACAUACAUAUAAAUUCAUCCAUACAAUUGACCACGUUGUGCAGUUUGCUAUAGAUACAAUAAAUACUUUGCUGACGUUGCUCGGAAACUUUCAUUUGUUUAGAUUAAAUGUUUGAAGUGCUUAGUAGGAAUUGUGCUAAAGAAAUUCGCAUAAUUCGUUCAGUUUUCUAGUCGUAGUAGUAACAUCAACCAAUAAAAUUUUUUCUCCCUAACUAUAACAAAGUAUUGUCAACGAUCGACCAGGAGCUUUCUCAGAUUACUAGGACAAGGCUUAAACUUUUAUAAGGUGUAAUAAAAUGGCUGAUGAUCCUGUUAAUCAACAACAAUUUAUGCAAGAUGUGGCUGCCGCUGAAGGUCCCGACGGUUAUAUCAAUUUAGGUGAUCCGAACAACUUAAAUAUGCCUAGUCUGGAUGAGGUUUUACAAUUAAUUGAACAAAUGAAGGAUCUUAGUGAGGAAGAACGUGAGAAUUUGCGUGAAAAUCUUCUUAAGUACACGCAAACAGGAACGAAUGUCGUGAGUCAUUCCACGUGGGAUUAUACGAUAUUUUUAGCCAUGAUUAUCCUAAUUAUGGUAGUUUUUGUGUUCUUUGGUUAUAAACUAUAUGUAGCCUUGAAGCAAAGGGAACUGCGGAAAGAAGGAAAACUCAAAAGGAAAGAAAUGAAAAAGACAGCAAAAACCAAUUAAUAAUAAUAAAAUUCUAAUAUCAAAUAAAAUCAAUAAUUGUAACGUAUAAGAUAAUAUAUUAUGCGAUGCAUUAAACAAGCUCAAAGUCUACGAAGGGGAGGGUAAGGAGGGUAGCAAUUUUAUUAGCAUCUAGGAGUACAUGCAAGCAGAGCCCUAUAAAGGGAUUUUUUGAAGUUGUUAAUAC